CGAUGCUUUGAUGGCGGAGCAACCCGGCCAAACAAUGUACUUUCCCUCGCUCCAUCAGACGCCAGAUCCUCACCCCAAACGAGGCAGUCACGGCUCUCAGGCCACCUUCCACGAUGACUGGUGACCACACCUCGGUGCUAUAAAUCCUGGCCAGCAGGCAGCCCUCUCUCUUUUAACCUCCCGCAUCAUUCACAUUCGUUUAUACCAUAGUCACUCGCUCUCUUCACACCACCAUAUCAUACCAUCUCAUGGGUCAAAAGCUAUCUGCAAUACACGGGGUCAAAUCCGAGGACUACCACAAGCCCGGCAAUGCAAUCAACGAGGUCUGGCUUGGAAACGUCGAACUCAUCUCCCGGCUUCCAUUCGCCGAUUCCGACAUGGCACAAGCCGCUUGGCCCAAGGGCCAGUUCCCCAAAAUUCCCUGGCAUAAUUUCAUCAUUCCGUGGAAGAGAGGGACCUCGACAGUGAAACGGGCUUUCGAGUCGAGUGCAGCCGUCACAAGAGAGACGCUCGGCAAUUCGGACAAAGAAGAUCUUGGUGGCGCCCUGUAUGUGUACUUUCUGAUGAUUGUCGUCACCUUGUUAUACAGUUGCGCUUGGGCGACAUUGCAGAUGCCUGUAUAUAUGGAGCAAGAUGAACCGCCAUAUAGGCCGGACGAAAAGCCGCGAUCGGUGGUAAGAAAUCGGUACCGGGCAAAGUUUACAGCGUGCCUGAUUUCGAUCGUCCCGGGUGCAAUUCUCUGGAUGCUGGGACAUUGUCUUCUGAAUCAUUCGCUCGAUUUUGCGGGGGAUAACUUGGGCCGUUUCCCCAGAAGUGUUAUCAACAUAGUGUAUGAUGUGCCGUCAGCGUAUUUCUUUGUUCGUGGAUUGUGGGGGUUGAGGUUCUUCUGGCUCAGAAUGGAAGCCGUCGGUGAGGCCGGUGAUGAUGGCGAAGAUGAGGAUCAAGAUGAGUCAGUCGACGCUGCAGUUGUGGGAAAUCAACUUUCGGGCAACCUCGUCUCCUAUAUGCAGAGGCAGCGCCGUGCCUGAGGCGAUAUCUCGAAGUAGGCAUUGUUAGAUGGACGCGUUUGAGGGACUUUGGAUCAUAGAUAGUUCAAGCUUUGCGC